AUGUUUUCCUUCGAUUUAGUCAAGCAACACAGGCUUGUCCAGAAUACUACCUUCAAUCUCCUUGCUGCCGUUCUUGUUCUCUGCGUUAGCGUCUUCAACUAUGGUUUCGACAAUGCUGCAUACUCCGCUAUUCAAGCAAUGACUGGGUUCGAAAAGCGAUUCGGGACAUACGAUGCUUCGACAAAAGCCUGGACCAUCAGCUCAACAAACCUCGCUCUCCUUAAUUCCUCACCCCUCGUCACCAACGCCGCCGGCAUCUUCCUUGCUUCACUGAUCGGCGAGAGAUUCGGACGCCGCGCCGUCCUCAUCUGCAUGGAGCUUAUCUGCAUCACCGGCCUGGUCGUCUCCUACACCGCAAAGCACUACAACCAGAUCCUGGCCGGCCGCAUGAUCGUCCACGGCCACGUCGGAAUGGAAUGCUGGUUGAUUCCAAUGUGGCUCGCGGAGCUGGUCCCGGCUCCCAUCCGCGGCGCCAUGACGGUGCUGUACGUCUUCAGCCAUAUCUUCGGCAGCUUCUUCUGCGCUGUUGUCGCAAACAGCUCCUCGGGCUACCAUGACGACAGGUCCUGGCAGAUGCCCAUUCUCGUCAUGUUCUCCUUUCCUUCAUUCGCGCUUUUGACGUUUUGGCUCGUGCCGGAAUCCCCUCGCUGGCUUUUGCGGCAGAACAGAUAUAGUGAUGCGGUUAAGCGUCUGGAAUACUUGAAUGGAGCACGCUCCGAUUAUUCGGCGGAAGCGGACGCCGAGGUACUGCAAGCUUCCCUUGAAAAAGACGUUACGAAGGGAGAAUGGAAUGAGCUGUUCAAAGGCACCAACGCACGGAGAAUGAUGAUCGCGAUCAUGGCGGCCUUUUUCAGACAAGCUACCGGCCAAAGUUUCACAUCCAAAUAUGGCACAGUAUUCAUCAAAUCUCUCAGUUCAGUCGACCCUUUCAAGAUAAACAUACUGAAGGCGGGCCUCAUUUGCCUUGGGCCCCUCACCACAAUGUUACUGAUUGAUCGCGUUGGCCGGAGGCGAAUCUUAUUCCUUUUCGGCUCAAUAGCCGUCGGGGCAAUGUUUACCAUGGCCGGCCUGGGAGUCGCGGAACCCAUCUCUCAACAACGCAAGGAGGGAAUAGUAGCGAUGAUGGUGAUCUUUGCGUUUUCCUAUCUGACGUCCUUUGGUUCAGUGUGCACAGUUAUCACAACCGAAGUGUUAAACCUCCGCCUGCGAGACAAGGGCCUGUUCGUGUCGUGGUCCGUGAGCAACAUCUGCGACUUUGCCGUCUCGUUCAGUCUACCCUACCUCCUGAACGCCCCAUACGCCAAUCUCAACUCGAAAGUCGGCUUCAUCUACGGGUCCAUUGGCGUUUUGGGCCUACUGUGGGGCUGGUUUUGCUUGCCGGAUAUGUCAAACAAAUCCCUUGAAGAAGCGGAAGAGAUGUUUGAGCAACGUGUGCCGGCCUGGAGAAGUAGAUGUAAGCGCUCCCAUUUGACCUGGUGGACAAGUCUAACAUGUCGUCAGCCUGGAAACCCACACCACCAGAGGUCGUGGAAGUUGAAGUAGAUAAACUCGAUGCAGAAGAGACGGAGAGAACGAGUCCUAAGUCGAGCUCACC